AUCUCCGUUGGACUAACAGACAAUAAAAACACCAAUAAGCAGAGAUUGGAUCUAAUUUAUUGCCUCAUAAAACCAGACGGAGAGCUCGGAUUCAGUCAAUGCUGAGAAGAGUACAGCUAUUACUAUAGAACACGCUCACUGACAUGUACAGAGAUCUGGAGUCAGAACUUAUUAUAACUACUUAAUAAGGCUAUAAUUUUUAGCUAUAUUAGACAGAACAUUUGUACGAAUACAUUUUACUUUAUGUAUUUUACUCAGUAGACGAAACGAAAUGAACUUUUACAUCUGAAGCUUUUUUCUUUUCUUUGUCUCUUACUCUUUUAUUGUUAAACGGAAAUCUUAAUAAGUAGUAAUUGUAUAUUAAAUUAGAUACAAAUAAAACGUAGUUACUGUAAUGAAAAUAAUUAGUUUACCCUCAGUAACUGCGAAACAAAACUGACUGCUGAAUAAAAUAAUAUGAAGUCCCCAUCUUCAGUAGAACAAUCCACGCUUCCCAUGUGAUGACUUCAGCUUCUGUUCUCCGACAAAACUUCCAAUAAAUCGUCAGAACAAAAAAAAAUAGACACAAAAAUAAAUACAUCAAAAAAUGUUGACAUAGUAAAAGCUAGACGAAGAAAUGAAAGCAAACGGUGCAGUGUAUUGUGAUGUUGGAGCUCAGUCAGCAGCUUGUGUCUGGUGUGUGUUCAUGCAGCCUCGGCCUGCUCACUGCCUCAGUGGCCCUCACUCCCACUCACAUUUCUGCUUCUUUUGCCUCUUUUUCAGAGUCAGGGGGCGAAGCCAACUGGCAUGGGAAAGAGAGCGAGAAGGGGGUGCGAGCUGUAUAGCUUGUAUCAAUUUGUAAUUUAUAUCUGAGUCGUUUUAUUUUAUUUGAUCAACAAAUAAAAUAUUUCAGUGUGACGUGUGAGCGUAUUUGCUACGCGUACAAGUAGUGAAACAAUAACAGAGUAGGGCGAAUAAAGGAUCUAAAGGGAGAAAGAGAGAGAGAGAGAGUCAGACUGGAGGUUCUUCUUAUUAUGUAGGCAGAAAGAGGGGCUGCUGUCAGGCUCUUUGCAGGGAGUGAAAGAUUGAUCACCGCACUUUUUCUCCCACUCGGUGCUCCUCGGGACCUCCCCAAAAUAUGCUCUGCUAAACUCCCGAGUUCCUGAUCUUUAUAAAAAUCUACAUGUGCGUCCUGUUGCGUCUGACGGCCACUCAGCACACUCUCACUUACGAUUAGCGUUCAUCUUAUUGCUGCUGUAUUAUUAUUGUUGUACUAAGAAGAACAGGAGGCGCUCUCCCCUCCUUUUGCAGUUGCACGGAGCGACCUCGCUGUGAACUCUCUCUCUCUGCACAAACACACCAAACAUUUUAACACACAUACAUCACAGUGGAGUGAGAGGGUGAGAGAGAACCACUGUAGCUAGCCUGUGUACACAGGGUAUUUAGGGGACAUUUUAUUUAGACAACACAAUGGUUUAAGUCUCUCUUACGCGAACACACACUGACGAAAGCUCCAACAACAAUUUAAAAAACAUAAUCACAAAUACACCAAGACGUCUAUUAAAAAGAAUACACUUACACCAACAGGCUGGCUCUCUGCCUCUGUCCCCAGUUAAAGCUACAUUUGUCUCUCUGCUCUGUUAGAAGCCAAUCUGCAUAAUUUUCACUACCACUGAGUAAAAAUCUCCAUCAUCCUCUCCUCCUGAGCUGCUGCGCCAUCUAAAAGCCUCUCCAAGUUUUCAGUGUCUAAGUUGAGGAUUUUCAGCCUCUGUCACACUUUAUAAGAUUAAUGAGCUGAGUGCUGUAAACAGUAGUUUUUUUUCUAAAGGAGCCAUAUUGUAAACGGUGCUGGCCAGCUCCGCUCGCCUAAUGUUAACCGUCAUUACAUCACCCAGAGGACCGCAACAAUGUCCGAGAGAUGCUCUAUUGUUUGUGUGUAACACGGGGACGGGAUGCGCCGACCCGCCGCCCACACGGCGCACAUGGCGACCGGCAGCCUUGUCGUUUUUCUCCCCAGACGUUACCCCCCCGUUAAGACAAAACAAUAGCAGCUAUCCUGUGAUAUAGCCCCUCUUUCCCACAGCAUUUGGUGGAAAAUAAUAAUGCUGCGUCCCAUAGCCAUCAGCGCCGCCAGGCCCGGGCCCCUGAUUGGCUGUUUUGGGUCACGUGACCAGGAAUUGGCUGCAAUUUCGCCCCAUAGUUCUUCAGUUUAGCCUACCCAGGUCCCCAUACGCCAGUAAUAUCAUCAAUAUACACAAUUAUUAAAUAGACACCGCAUUUACGCCAUUGCGGUCGGGAGUCUACACGCUCGUGCGUUUUUUCAUUUCGUUUUAUUUUUGUAAGAAGCCAUAUUGUGUGUGUGCGUGUGCGUGUGCGAGCGUGCGUGUGUGUAUGUGUUUUGUUUUUUUUAUUUUGGGGAAGGGAUUGUUUCAGGGGUCUCGCCGUUUGAGGUUGAAGCCGGUUUGAGGGAGCUAUGAAUUUUGAAUUUGAGAGGGAGAUCGGUUUUAUAAACAGCCAGCCGUCCCUAGCAGAGUGCCUGACGUCCUUCCCUGCCGUCCUGGAGUCAUUUCAAACUUCAUCAAUCAAGGACUCGACAGUAAUUCCGCCUCCCUUUGAGCACACCAUCCCCAGCCUCAGCCCCUGCACAGCCAGCCAGCCGAGACCGACUGCUAGAAGCCACCAGAACCGGAGAACCUCCGUCACUAAUGGCCUCCAGACGCACCACCGAGCCGCCCAACAGCCAUGCCUGCCCGGCCAGGCCCCGGCACCGGCCAUGGCCAGCCCGGCCGGUCAGCUGGCCCACGAGUUCCCCUGGAUGAAGGAGAAGAAGUCAGCAAAGAAGUGCCCCAAGCCUGGGAGCAGCUCCAGCGGUUGCGGAUCCAUCAUCCCCCCUACCUCGUCUUCGCCGUCGCCGACCGCCCCCGGGUACGCUUCGGCGGGCAUCGAGUCACCCACAGACCCGAGCCAGAGUCUGGAUAGUGGAGCCGGGUCCCGCCGGCUGCGCACCGCCUACACCAACACACAGCUGCUGGAGUUGGAGAAGGAGUUCCAUUUCAACAAGUAUUUAUGUCGGCCCAGGAGGGUGGAGAUCGCCGCCCUUUUGGAUCUGACCGAGCGGCAGGUCAAAGUUUGGUUCCAGAACCGGCGGAUGAAACACAAGCGGCAGACCACGCACCACCGGGACGGCGGUGGUGGAGGAGGACAUGAAUCUAGCGACCCGGGCGGAUUUGAGCCGCUCGAAGGCGCUGAUGCCUCAUCCCCGUACUCAAGCCAGCCGCUGGAAGCAUCUGGCACCGGGGAAGCUACAUCGGACGGUGAGCCGGGGAGCUGCAAUCCAUCUUCGGCCGCUGCACACACCGCCUACACUAAUGACAGCGGGGACAAUGCACAACCCACGCCGGAGAAAAGAGGCCGAUUGAGCCGUCCUGAACGCCCACCGCUGCCAGAGGCAUCUGGCUCCUCUGACUCCCCGCCGGCGUUCACUGCGACGAACUCUGCUGAUAACCCCGGCCUGAUGCAGCUCAGCGAGGCGUCCGAACAGUCAUUCUCUAAGCAGCGGGACUCCUCUAUCAGCUCAACCUCCUCCUCUGCGCCUCCUGCCGUGUCCUCCUCAUCCGCGCUUCCCGACCUGACCUUCUUUGCCGGGGACGCCUGCCUGUCACCCAGCCUGCAGAGUUCCCUGGAUAGUCCGGUGGAUUUCUCCGAGGAGGACUUCGAUCUGUUCACAAGCACACUGUGCACCAUAGACCUGCACAAUCUCAACUUCUGAGUCCAGCUGCAACAUUUAAAUAUAAAAGAAAACUACUAAUAAAAAGGAGAGGACAGACAGGCCUGUGUGGAUGAACAAUCGAGCCGAGGAGACGGCACUCGGCAACAUUCCUGAAUGAAAUUUAUGUUGGUUUUAAAAUAUAUUUUCGUCUUUUUGUUGGUUUUAUUUCGCUGCUAUAAUAUAGUAUGAGAGAUAUAGGUAAUUUAAUUUUUAAACAUCGAAGGGAAUUUUUUUUCCACGAUCGAAACGUUGUGGAUUUUUCUAUCCCCUUGUUCAGGUAUUUAUUGCCUUUCUUGUUUUUGAUCGUUUUUGUUAAAAUUAUUAACCCUUAUCAGUUUGUGUGGAUUUGUUUCCCCUCGUGCAUUUUGGUGCAGCUUCAUGGAUCCUUAAUAACUUCUCAGGAACUGUUCACGGAGUCUCGGUGCAGAUUGCUGGACUGCUUUUAGAAACUGAAGAUCGAAUGAAUUCUCUCUCUCUGAACGAGACAAGGCGAGAGAGAAGCCCUGCUGACGACCCGAGUUUUAGACCCUAGUUUAUUUAUUGAGAUUCUUUAAUAGUGAAAAACAAAUUAUUUAUUGUACAUAUAUUUUCAUAGUGGAAUAAUAAUAAUAAAAACACACAAACAUUUA